UGCCUUGUGUCUGGUGGGUUGCAGGAGGGCGAGAAGUCGAGAAUGCUAGCAGCGCUGCUAGCAAAUACCUCGUCAAUUCCGUGACUAGCUGGACACAACAACAACAAAAAAACCGUACUUUUCAAUGUUUUGAUACUUAAGUUGUUCCGGAAAACAAAACACAAAGGCGGUCUUAGUUUGGGUGAGAUUUUCCGCAUCCCGUUGUAAAGUGUAAUUUGGGAAUUAGGCGACCACGGAAGCCAAAGUGUAUAUGUUGAUAUCUAACGGUUAGCUGCCAGGCUACCUUGCUAGCACAGCCUUUGGGGCAAAUGGCGCUGAAAAGAAUUCAGAAGGAGCUGUCGGACCUGCAGAGGGACCCUCCUGCUCAGUGCUCAGCUGGACCAGUUGGAGAUGAUUGUAAGAGUUCAAUUGCUGUCCCAAUAUAUCUAGGAAUACUGUAUAUGCGUCCAUCAGUGUUUCAUUGGCAGGCGACAAUAAUGGGUCCAAGUGACAGCCCAUAUCAGAAUGGAGUGUUUUUCCUCACCAUCCACUUCCCCACCGAUUAUCCCUUCAAACCACCAAAAGUUGCAUUUACGACAAAAAUCUAUCACCCUAAUAUUAACAGCAAUGGCAGUAUUUGUCUGGACAUACUGAGAUCACAGUGGUCACCUGCACUAACGGUAUCAAAAGUAUUGUUGUCCAUCUGCUCCCUUCUUUGUGACCCAAAUCCUGAUGACCCUUUGGUACCAGAGAUAGCUCACACAUACAAGGCCGACAGGGAAAAAUACAACAAAUUAGCAAGAGAAUGGACACAGAAGUAUGCAAUGUGAGGUUGCCUGUGGAAUGGAAAUACAAAACGAGAACAGGAAAAACAUGUUUAAUUUGAAACCAGAGGCAAAUGAACAGCGAAGGAGUACCAAACAAGCUUGACAACAGCCAACCUUGUGGAUAAGUUAUGCGUGUAUGAAUGCCAUCAGGACUUGAAGGGGCUCCUGGAAGCACUCCCUUACAGAAUAGCGGACACUUAACUCACAGCCUGGACUUUUAAACUGUUACUCCUGCAAUUAUUAUUGCCGCCAUCACACACAUUACUCAUUGUCAUUUUGUUUUACUGCUCAAUGAGCAACAUGUCGGAUGGAUUUUCGCAAAGUUUUACCGCCUUGAUUCUUGGGGUACAGCCUGUGUUCCACUGUAUGUCUUCUAUUACUGUAUCUCCAUGUAUUUGGUGGCCUUUCUGUGUUCUAAUGUUUCGGUCUACGUGCAAUUGAGACAGAAUGUUCCCAGUUCAACACAUUAAUGGUGCAGUGCCAUUACCAGCAGCUGAUCACAUGGCACAUACUGACUCUUAUCUAGCCCAAAACAAUGUGAAAAUGCAACAACAAAGGACUGAUCUAAUAUCACCCUUUUGUGUGGAAUUACGACCUGUAGUGUAAUUGCAGGCACUGCAACGCUCAGAUUACAAUUGGGAUUUUUCUCACACAGUGUCAUUGCUCAUAUACCCUAACAUAUUUCAUAUUGCUGGAUCCUCCUGCACAUGGCCAAGCUAUGUGUUUCCUCCUCAGUACAGUUACUCAGGUAGCCAAACUCAAUCAUCAGCCUCUCAUAAGCAGUGACCUGUGUUGAGAGAAAAUACUUUUACUACAGUUUCACUGCAACCUUUAUGAAUCAAGAUAAUGUAAUGAUCAGUCCUGAUAUCUGUUGUUUUACGAAAGUAUUCAUCUUGUUGGCAGGGGGCCCACCACUGGCUCCUAGCACCCUUUACAUUUAUUUUAUGAACAAAACUUUACAAAGUACAUGCUACUGAUGCUUUUGUGUUGUUGAUGCUCUAAAGUGGAACUGAAGUAAUGCUUUUUCAGGGUAAGUUAAUUUUAGUUUUACUUAUUUUUUUUUUUACAUUUCAGGUGAUUUAAAGAUCAUAAUCAUAACUACUCAUCUGCACAAGUAUAUUUUUUGUGGUAAACCUCAGCAGUUUGUCUGGUUGCAACAUUUGUGUUGUCUUUUUUAAAAUAUUUAGUUUUAGCCUUUUCAUGUUCGUGUCAUCUGAACAUGAUUGGAAUGUGUCAAAAAAAUAACGUUAGUUUGACUAUAAUACCAAUGUUACUGUUGGAUAAACUAGUUAGGAUGUGCUAUUUUUUGUUUUUGUCAAUGUGCUGAUGCUGCCAAUAUAAAGGGAAUUAUUUAAUAGCAUAAAAGGGGAAAUGCAUCAUUGAACCCAUCCAAAAUGGUCCAUAGCAAAGCAUGAAACUAUAGUAGCUUUAUUAGAUUUUAGAUUGCAAAUAUAGUUUCUCAUUGGUAGUUUUAUGAAAAAUUGUCCAAAUGGCAGUAUAACGGUUUGAAAAGCUACACUGAAGUAAAGGUCAUUCUUUCGGUCCAGACUUUGUGUACAUUGUUAUAAUCUGGCUGUUUUCUUUAAAGCUCCACUAACCAAUAGAUACGAUGCAGCCUAAAUCCAUUACUGUUGUGCUCAGUAGGCAGCUUAGCGUGCUUUGCACACAGGACAACUUUCUCUCAGCCACUUGCCAGGUAUCAGGGAUUCAUCUGCCUAAAAUGAAACUUAUAGUCUUUUUAUAUAUAUAUUCAUAUAUAUAUAUAUAUAUACACACACACACGUCUCUGUGUGUGUAUAUGUAUGUAUACCGUACUUCCUUGAAUUGCCGCAGGACAUAUAGUAUGCGCCUGCCUUGAAUUACUGUCGGGUCAAACUCGCUUCCCAAAAUAAUUAGCACAUGCUUAGUAUUACCGCCAGGUCAAACUCGUGACGUCACGAGUGACACUUCGCCUGUCAUCAUUUUCAUAACGGAGGAGGCUGAUUUCGAUACCAGUAAUUUGAAAUCGCGUAAAGGGAAGAAGAUUAAGAGCUAUUCAGUAGGAUUUAAGGUCCAAGCUUACAUCACACUCAAAUUUUUACUGCAUACCUUUGGUAAGUGCCGGAGUGAGAAGAGGUUUCAAAAUAAUUAGCGCAUGCUUACUUUUACUGCAUGCCUUUGUUAAGCGCAGGAGUGAGAAGAGGUUUUAAAUUAAUUGGCGGCAAUUCAAGGAAAUACGGUGUAUAUAUGUAUAUACAUAUAUAUAUACACACACGUCUCUGUGUGUGUAUAUGUAUGUAUGUAUAUAUAUAUAUAUUUGUAUAUAUAUAUAUAAAUGUGUGUGUGUGUAUGUAUAUAUAUAUAUAUAUAUAUAUAUAUAUAUAUAUAUACAUAUACACACUCAGAAGGAAAAUAUCAAGUGUCAAAACAAUUAUUACUGAUCAAUUUCCUUUGUGAAGCUGAAAAAGGUUUUUUUCUAUUAAUUCAGGGCUGCAUCUUAAAUUAUGGAAUUGUGCUUGAACUGUAAUCUUAAGCAUCCACAUCUACACUUUUACUAUUGACAUGAAUAAAAUACAGCAAUGUACUGUU